CUUGUCUUUGCUUUGAAAAUUGCAUAGAGCAAGGAAAAUUGAAAUUUUUUUGAAACUCCGAAGUUAUUUUCUUAUUCCUCUUGUGUAAUAAAUUAAAAUGGAUGGAAUAUCUAGCUACAGCGUAUUUAUAGCAGCUCACAAACCACAACUAGUGCUUUCUGGAGUCCCAGAGCAUUUCUGGCAAACUUUAUGUAAGAAACUUAAAGAUCAAAUAUUCGACUCGGGUAUAUCGUUUCAAUUGGUAAAAAUUGACUACGAAGAUGUCGAGAAAGAGCCGUUCGAUCCUCUAUGGAGCGUGAUUUCUAUUAGAGACAUUGAUAGAACAGACUCCAGCAAUAUUUAUCUCAUCGAUCACGCGUGGACUUUCAAGGCGAACAGCAUUCGAAAUAACCUAAGGAACGUGCCGGCGCUGUUAGAAAGAAUGUGUAAUCUUAUGCAGAUUACUUUAGAAACAACGGAAGAACAGAUAGACGAGGUGUCACGGCGUGUUUGGAAAUACGCCAACACAUACGCUCUUGAAAGUGAGGAGCUGUCAGUGGAAGACAGAGUGCCAGUGUGGUAUGUAAUGGACGAACUAGGUUCGGGCAUCACUCACUCGGAUAGUCCAAAUUUUCGCAUGGUACCUUUCAUACACGUCCCAGAGCAACUUACUUAUACUCUACUUUUUCCAAUAGAGAAUGUUGAUGAAGGGGAUAUUGUCACAAGGAAUUUUGUUGAAGGCCAAUAUUCAGACCCUCUGCAAAGAGAAGCAAUGCUUAUUCCAUGGAGAUAUUAUGAGCACUUUGAUGAAAGCUUCAGUCAAGAGGAGCCUGAUGUAAAUUAUUUUUUAUCAGGUCACAUUGUGGAAACUCUUCCAGAAUUAGAACUGUUGGCAGACAGAAAUCUACCAAACACACUCAAAGUGUACUCAGAGUAUGAAUACAUUAACCAGUAUUUGACUGCCCCUGAAUUUGAAAUAGUUGACAAUGAAAAUGAUGCAGAUAUUCUAUGGUUUGUAAAUCAUUUCAAAACUUACAAGGAAUUAAGUGUUAACUCUCCACAAAAGUUUGUAAAUCAAUUCCCAUUUGAAUAUGUUAUCACAAUCAAGGAUCUAUUAGCAAUUGUAGCAAGGCGAGUUCCAAAAACCAAUAUUGAAAUUAAUGAACUUGAGACCUUACCAGUUUGGUUACCAACUACAUUAAAUAUGAAAACAGAACUGCCCAAAUUGGUAGCAUAUUACAUGCAAAGGAAAACACAAGGUUUGGACAAUCAUUGGAUCUGUAAACCAUACAAUCUUGCUAGAGGUCUCGACACUUAUAUCACCGAUACUUUAGAUUUUCUGUGCCGUCUCCCGCUAUCUGGACCUAAAAUAGCUCAAAAAUAUAUAGAAAACCCUGUGCUUUUUGAUAGGCCUGAAGUAGGAAAAGUAAAGUUUGACAUUCGUUAUGUGAUCCUAUUAAAAUCAGUGAAUCCUACAGAAGUUUAUAUUUAUAAGAACUUUUUCUUAAGAUUUUCCAAUAAAGCUUUUGCUAUGGAAAACUUUGAAGAUUAUGAAAAACAUUUCACUGUGAUGAAUUACACUCAAGGAGCGCCUCUAUUUAGAUUACUAUGUAAAGACUUUAAAGAGGCUUGGUCUAAUCAGUAUGAGAACUAUGACUGGGCUGAAGUAGAAAAAUCUAUUUUCAAUAUGAUCUCAGAAUUAUUUAUUGGGGCUACUUCAAAAGAGGCCCCAUGUGGUAUUGCAAAGAGCCCACAAUCAAGAGCGGUGUAUGCUGCAGAUAUUAUGCUAAGUUGGCAGAAGUGUAAUAAGGAUGAAUUUAUGCAACCUAAGUUAUUAGAAGUAAACUGGAUGCCAGAUUGCCGUAGAGCAUGUGAAUAUUAUCCUGAUUUCUAUAAUGACAUAUUUUCAGUACUAUUUUUAAAUAAAGAUGUAAGCACAUGUACUAAGAUUUUGUAAAUAUAGUAAAAAAAAAUUGUUUAUCAUCAAUUACAGUGUUACAAAGUGCCCUGCUUAGUCAAUUUAUUAAAGUUUUCUGGUGUUUUUAUAAAAUUAUACACAAAGAAAUGUUA